UCCCAAACCAUUAUAGUUGUAUGUGUAGUUGAGGAAUGUGUUACAGCACUGACUGUGUUCUUCUCAACUCUUCAUGAAGCUGGCCAUUGUUUCUGUUUGCUGAGCACAGAUUUGACCUCUUUUCCCAAACAUCCCGUGGUGACGCCCCGUCCUUCCCUCCCUCUGUUUUCUUCUCUUGUUCCUCUUCUGCUCUUGCACAACUUCCUUGUUUUCAUCUUGCUGGUUCACUACAGACACAUGCAGUGAUGGUGGAGGGUCCAGCAGCCACAGGAGCGUCGGAGCCGAUCAGUGUGGUGACGGGCGGCAGUAAACCUGUGCACCGCUUCCUCAAAGGACAACCCAAGUGUAUCGGAAUUGUGCUGGUGAUGAUGGCCGUAUGCCUGAUCAUGUUUGGGAUCGCCAUGAAUGUGCAGUCAGAUGCGAUGACCUCCGCAGACAUGUACACCCCUUUCUGGCUCGCCAUCCUGUUCUUUAUCUGUGGCGUUUUGUAUAUACUGUGUGAACGCAACCCCUCCAAAAAGAUCAUCACAGCCAGCCUUGCUUUGAGUAUCAUCUCCACCAUUGGAGUGUUCUGCGCUUGCGUGGGGUUUGCCAGAGCCAUCACUGGGAUCCAUGACACAUAUUGGAAUCAUUUGACUGAAAAUCAAACAGCGGAGGAGAGACAACAUCUCGACCAACAUUAUAUGGCCAUCGAAAAAGUAGAGCGAGUGUUCUUCUGCCACAGCUUGAUAGGAGGGAGUCUGCUUAUAACCAUGACGUUCUUCGCUCGGGCAGCGCUACGAUCCAGCAGAACUCAGGCUGUUGUUGUGAUGAGGAACCUGCCGUCAGCGGACGGAGUGACCCUAACCCUGCCGUCAGCGGAGUGACCCUAACCCUGCCGUCAGCGGAGUGACCCUAACCCUGCCGUCAGCGGAGUGACCCUAACCCUGCCGUCAGCGGAGUGACCCUAACCCUGCCGCCAGUGGAAUGAUCCUAACCCAGCCGUCAGCGGAGUGACCC